GUUUAUACUGCUAUUUGUGUUAUGAUUGGUAAUGGUACUACAUUCUGAUUUCAGGUCCAGUCGAGUAAUUCAAAAGAAGCCUGUGAAUUUCUUUGAAUGCCCUCCUGAUAAAGAACUAGAAAAGGAAGAUGCAGAACCUAAGAAAAAGCCGCCUGUAGAAAACAAUUCUAAACAAACAGAUUCUCUGGCAAAUCCACUCCGAGUUGAUGCUCUGCCUUCUCCCUUUGGUGAUGACAAUUCAUUGUCUGUAUUUUACAAUCCUUUUCAAAAAGCACAAGAAGAUAAAAAAUUACUGUUAGAAAAACAUGUGAAAAUGACAGAGAAUCCCAAAGAUGUAGUAGAAAUUAAUGGUAAAAAAAUUUGUUGGAAUUAUAGGAAAGGGCGUUGUAAAUUUGGCCAUAACUGUAAAUAUGCUCAUGACUCUGAUGUAAUUCAACAAGCUGAUCCAUCUCUUGAAUCAAAAGAUCGCCAGACAUCAGCUAUGACAAGUUCCCCUUCAGGCUGGUCGUACGGGGAGCUUGCUAAUUACACAGCUGAGAGUGAAUCUGUUACCGAGGAAUCAGAUCUGAAAAGAAAAAAGCGUCCAGGCCUAUCCACAGGACUUGUUCCAAACAAAAAGGUUCUGAAGAUGUAUCGGAAACAGCAAGCCAAAGAAUCGCCAUGGAAGUUUAAUAAUUAAAUGUAUUUUAACAUUUUUUUUUUUUUUACACAAAUCCUGUUGUUAUAGCACUUUUUACAUAUAAUUGUUCAGAGGAUUUGCCAAUGUUUUAGCACGUUACCAAAAGUAAAAUAUAUGGGGUCAUACAUAAAGGUAUUAAUUUUGCUUAGACUGUUAUUGUCUAAUGGUGUCUGCAUUAUACGGACUAUGUGGUGACCAUCAUAUAUAUAUGUAUAUAUACAGUAUAUAUAUUUCAUAUAAUGCAUUUCUGUGAUCCUGUACAAUAUAGUGCAUGUGGUAUUCCACUGUUAUUUUCAUAAUUUGAUAUUCAUGAUUAUGUAUGCCUGAAUUUAUAAAAAUUAAAUAGUUUUUCUUUGA